UCUCUCGGUUCAAGAGGAACAUAUAUUCCUCAUAUAAAGUCAUCUACACUCUAGCCUCAUCCCUCCCUCUCUAUCAAAACUAAUAAAGAUUUCAAAAAAGUGUCAAAAUGCACCUCACACUCCCCUACUUCUCACCACCACCUUUUCUGCUCCUCUUCCUCUUCACCUCCACCCUCACUUACACCCACCAUGUAGUGCAAUGUGGCGCUGCCGCUGCGCCGGCCACCGCUGGCGUCGAGUUCCUCGACCCGACACUCCCUCCAGUCCUCCCGACGCAACCACCGCGAUGCUCCGUCCUCGCCCUCUACCGCAACUUUGCUGCCGCCGACCCCGCCACCGCCAAUUUCAGUGCCUUCACCUCCCUAGUUGCCACCGCCGUGAACUACACCCAGCCAGAGGAUUGCCCUGCCCCAUGGACCCGCGUCAUCCUCGAGCUCUCUGUCUCUGUCUCCGCAGGCCAGAAAGACCACACUGGAGCUGUGUGGAUCGCCGGCGUCGAAGUCCUCCGCACCCGGUCUCCGCUCUCCACCGCCACCCCCGCUUUCUGGACAAUCCACAAGGACAUCACCCGGUACUCCGCCGCCAUCCGCGCCCUCGGCGAUAACGGCGGCGCCAUCACGGUCGCAAUCGAGAAAGAAUCCAACCGCACCACCCUCAUCUCCGGCGUGUUCGCAGCCAAUCUCUCCCUCCACUUCUACCGUGGCCCGGUCUCGAGCACCCACCAAUACUUCAACGGCCGGCCGGGGGUCAAAGGCCUCUACCGCGAGCCGGCUGACAUGAUCAUCCCGAUAUCGCGCGCCAGCACUAGCACCAGCACCGACGCCGACGGCGAAGACGACGACGACGAGCCCCUCGACUCAUGCAGGAGAGCCCUCUGGUUCCGAAUCGACGACGAGACCGACACGCCGACAUCGACGAUCACCGUCCCGCCGAACACCUACCGCGCGGUGCUCGAGAUCUUCGCGUCCUACCACGGCGAUGAGGAGUCGUGGUACGCGAACCCGCUGCAGUCGUCGUACGGGGCCGGGCGCCACCACCGGAAGCUCAACGGUGGGCUGCGGCAGGUGUUCGCGACGAUUGACGGGAAGUUCGCAGGGGGACGGAUCCCGUUCCCGGUGAUCUACCCGGGGUCGGUGAACCCCUACUACUGGUCGCCCGUGGCGGCCAUCGGGGCGUUCGACAUGCCGUCCUACGACGUCGAGCUGACGCCGCUGCUGGGGCUGCUGCUCGAAGCUCCAGGGCCACACGAGAUCGGGGUGGGGGUGAACGGCGCGGAGAGCUACUGGCUGGUGACGGGGAAUCUGCACGUGUGGGUGGACCGGUGGUCGGACAAGGUGGCGGCGAUGUUGGAGGAGUACCGGGCGCCGCCGCUGAGGGUGACGAGACAGGCGGAGUGGGGGAGCCCCGACGGGAGCUCGGGUGGGUCAGCUCGUCGCGCGGGAACCUCACCACCACCGUGCGGCAGAAGGUCGGCUUCAAGAGCCAGGUCGAGGUGCAGAACCGCGGCGCCGUCGAGCAGGUCGAGGUCGUGCACAAGGAGCGGAUGGAGGUCAUCGUCCACAAGGCCCACCAGGUCGUCGGCCGAGUUCAAAUCUUCGCCGAGGCGCCUCUCCAGAUACAAACGUCGAGGGUGACGGCCGCGGGCGGGGCGGUUUUCGAGAAGGGGAGGCUGUUCCAUCAGCUGGUGGAAGUGGUGAACCUGAACGAGAACAAUGUAGUGAUAACGGCGGCACUGACGGACCGACAGGAUGCAGAGGGGUCGGUGCUGAUGCGCGACGGAAUGCCCAUCUGGGGGAGCGGGAACACCAAAUCGGCGUACAAGUACCGGGACGAGAACACCUGCCACCUCCGGACAGUGAACACCGUCGGCGGCAUCGUCAAGUACGACGUCUCUAGCCCGUCCUGCGCUGCAGUUUCCGAUAUCUAGUUCUUUGAUGCCUGCCUUUUCUUCUCAGCUUCCUACAUCUGUUGGCUAGAUUAGCUAAAAUUUUCUUAAUUAGACUAUUAUUACUUGUUAGUUAUCAAGUGAUCAAACAGCAUUUAGUGGGUGGUAAUAAUGGGAAUAAACUCGGCUUAUUGUGUGGAGUGUUGGGAGAUGAGUAGAGCUGUUCGAGAAAACAUUAUACGCCGGUUUGUACUAAUUUUUAUAUGUUUAUGUGUUGGUUUUGCAUAAA